GCGAGCGAAGCGGUUUGCGCCCCGCGCAGACGGCCCCAACUCGGGCUGUCUCUCCGGGCGCGGGGCGGACAUCAGCACUGCGGCAAAACGGACAGCUCCGUCUCGGUCUCCGCCGCCGCCUCCGGCCUCCCCCGCGCCCGGGAGACUGCGGCCUCCCCGCCCCGCGAUAUCAGGCCGGGGCGCGCCCCGCCUGGCCUCCCCCCCACCCCCCAGCCUGCAGCAUGAGCUCGGAUCCCCGCUACCGGGCCCCCUCCUGCCGCAAGCUCUUCGGGGAGCCCCCUCGCGGCCCCGCAGCCUUGACCCCGCGGGGCGCCUCCCGCCCGGCCGAGGCGUGGGUGGACCUGGGCCAGGCGCCCGCCCUGGCCCGCGAGCACCGGCCGGGCCGCGGCGGCGGGGAGAAGGAGCCGCUGCAGGGGCUGAGCGACGGCUUCGCCGGCUACCUCGGGGCGGGGCGGCGGCUGCAGCCGCAGAACCGGCGGCUGGAGGCCGAGCUGGGCGCCGGGGCGGAGCCGGCGCAGGCGGCGCGGGAGCGGGAGCGGGAGCUGGAGCGGGAGCGGCUGGCCGGGGAGGUGCAGCGCCUGCGGGCGCGCUGCCACAAGGAGGCGCGGGGCCCGGCCGAGGCGGAGCAGCGCGCCCGGGCGCAGCCGCGGGAGGCGGACGGGGCGGCGCGGGCCCGGCUGGGGCUGGGGCGGGAGCAGAAGGUGGAGGCGCCGCGGGAGGAGCUCGCCUUCCCGCGCCGGGUGCCCGAGGAGGGGCGGGCCGACGCGGUGGAGCCGGCCCUGGCCCAGCCGGCCCUGAGCGCGGCGCUGCGGGAGAUCCGCGCCCAGUGCGGGUCGCUGGCGGCCAAGAGCCUGCAGGCGGCCGCGGAGUUGUACCGCGCCGAGUUCGCCACCCUCGACGAGCAGGCGGCGCGCAGCAGCCAGGCCGCCCGGGCCAGCCGCGAGGAGAUCCACGAGAGCCGCCGCCCGCUGCAGGCCCGCACCCUCCAGAGGGAGCGUCUGCGGGGCGCCAACGAGUCCCUGGAGCGGCAGAGCCAGGAGAUGGAGAGGCACGGCGGCGAGGUGGGCGGGUUGCAGGACAGCAUCAGUCAGCUGGAGAAUGACUUGAGGAACACCAAAAGCGAAAUGGCUCGUCAUCUGAGGGAGUAUCAAGACUUGCUCAAUGUUAACAUGGCUCUGGAUAUAGAGAUUGCUGCAUACAGGAAGCUGCUGGAAGGUGAAGAGACACGUUUUACCACCGGAAGCAUCAGCAUUUCAGCUCUGAAUCCACAUUCUAACCCUGGUUAUUCUUUCCAGCCCAGAGUCUUCAAUUUACCUGUGGCCACUGCCUCAAAAAUAUCUCCUAUUCGGUUUUUUAAGAAAGAAGAGAAAGAGGAGGCUUCUAAAGUGUUUAAAGUAUCAUCUAGUCAGAUGUGGGAGACCUUUGCUGAAAUGAUUGAGGAGACCAUAAUGUCUACUAAGAAAACUAAGCAAUCAAACCUGAAGGAAGGAAACAUUACAAACCAAAAAAUGUAACCUUUGAAAUGAAUAGAAUUGGCAUUUAAGGGGGAACAGUAUACACUAGACCUUUCAAUUGUCUACAAUUAAUUAACACACUUGUCACCCAGUAUAAAUGUCCCAGCGCUUCAGCAUCAUUAGAAACAGUACAUCCCACACUGUAGCCAGGAGCAAUUAAAUGACAGAGGGAUCUCAAAGCUUAGGCUAAAAUUGGAGAGGAUGGCAAACUGAAUAACUUCAUCU